AGGGUUGACGUUAACCGUGAGACAAGAGGCCAGACGUCGCCUUGAAAGAUGGCAAACCUGAUGUCAAUGUUUGGAUUAGGCAUCUCUCUUAUCCACUGAAAUGAGUCAAGCUGUCAGCGCUGGUCACUUUCUGUGUUUCCAUUGACAAACUAUGAUGUAUGCGUCUUCAAAAAUGACCAUCUGCCGAAUACCCCUGUAUGGCGACUACCAGCAAUAAGAACAUCAUGGUCCCCCAACAUUCUUAUAUAUUAUUACUAUCAAAUAUCAAACAUCACGCUGGACAACCUUGGGCAGACACUUUGCAUUGGUGUCCAAGCGGUCCGCUCCGUGUGACAUCAAACAUGGAGCCCCAACAUUUAGCAGUAAUGGAUGAUGCAACCAUAAAUGCACCGCUGCAUUGGAAGAGCCAUGUUAUUUAAACAGCCAGCCUCGCAUUUGCUACUCAUACAGGACAGACAGAUUCUUACCAAGUCUAUCUCAUGGAAAUUUCAUUCUAUCACAUCUUCGUUGCCCUAAUAUAUCAUGUCUCCACAUCCAAAGUGCAUCUGUCGUACCUAUCCUGAAGCGUCUGAGGAAAAGUCUGGCUGCGGAUUACGAGCGUUGAAGGCAUCUUCCCUUCAUAGCAUAGGAAUCAGCGAAGUCCUAGCAACAAAACUAGCCCUUGAUGCACUUGAGAGUUUCCGCGCUCCACAUCUAGAAACGCCUCGUUGCCCCUUGCAUGGCUACAAAUACCUCCCCUUCAGGCUGUUCAACACUCUCGACUCACAUCUUUUCCGUGGCGUGCUUAAGGACCAAGUCUACCUCAGAUGGUCGAAUAUUCUACCCUCUUGCGUACACGGGCUGACCAGCAAGCCAGGCUCACGAGACAAAAGAAUCACAAUCGACCUCCAACAUGCCUUGAUAAAGGACAGCUCUGCCGAAGGAAUCAUAUCUAUUCUCAUACAUCAUAUGGCUCACGCCUACUUCCUUGCUUGCUGUGGACCGCCCAGCUUGGGUAAGAACCGUUCGGAAAGACAGAAUCUCGGCCAUGACCUAGCUUACAGCACACUGGUAUAUAAAAUUAUGGAUGUCUUCCAACCUCAGGGUUUCAAUAGAAUGCCAAACUUGUUCCUUUUCGAUCGUGCUCGGCACCAUCUGAAUGAUCAGCGUCAGCUUUGUCGCGCCGAACGAACAGUGGCUAAUUUAGCCGAGCCCGGUAAAUGCUGUACCUACCAAUCGACGGAUUUCUUAGACAGGAAGACAUGCAGUGAUUACACCUUAACCUUGAAGGAGUUACACUUGAAGCAUGGGCAUAAUGGAAAAUCAGACCUCGGGGAUCCAUAUCCGAAAUCACACUAUAUCCAUGUCGUUGACCUUGUGAAACAGAGAUUUACGCCAGUAUUGCGCAGUCAAUAUCGGUAUCGAUUAAAGGACUAUAUUGAACUACACUAUGAGAACUACGCUGUGCCAUUCCUACGCUCUGACCUGAGGAAGGACUGCUCUUUAGCUUCUAAGAUAUCAGAGGACGUUAACUUUCUGAACAUACCGGCCCCGUCUCACCAGAUAUUCUGCGCCUUUUACUCAUACCUCCUAAAUGGCGACUACCCCCCAGAAUUGGUCAAAAUUACAUCCCCUUAUAUCACAGCGAGAAACGCUGAAGGCCCUCCACUGAUACUGACUUAUGUGCCUGAACUUGAGAACUUCCUCGCUACUGAUAUCAGGAUGUUCAGUUUAGCAAGUAUGUUGGAUUUCUCGGAUCUAAGGGACAGUGCCAUGCACAGAAUGCAUUCUCUGAGUGAAACGCAUGCGAAUCCAAUAUCGAUCCUUCAGGAAAUAUACAACAGUCCAACCAGGAAUGAUGAUGACAGAGAUAGAUUGCGACGAUGGGUACUAGAGUUCCUUGCCAAGGGCGGCAAGGAGCGUGGAUUUACCAAUAUAGGCGUCCUGCAAACAGGUCAGUGGAGCGAUGGUCUUGCAAAGCUACGGAAGGAAAACGGCUUGUUCAACAUGGACUAUUCAACUGCAUUCGAAAGUUUGAUCUUGGAAAAGGCAUCGGCUUGUAUAAGUGCGUACAAUGAGGCGAGUCGAGCAACCGGGCAUGCUGCAGGUAACCCAAGCGAGGCCUUCAACAUAGGAACCUUAUCCUCUGAGGAAUUGGAACUGCUACGUCAAGUACAUCCUCAGAUGUCAAAGCUCUACGAAACAGCUGUUGCCUCAACACAGAAACAAGCUCCUGGGCCCAAGAUGGAUGAGCACAAAAAUAAUGAUUGCGGAUCUGAGCAUUGUUUCUGUCAUGCCAACCAACAGAAUCGCCACCAUCCUCGCCGACACCAGCAGCAGCAGCAGGAGGAGGAUCAAGAUUCUGAUGCUUCCUUCUCUCAGUGUCCCUGCCUCUAUUGUGCAAGCUCAAAACCCCCAGCAUUGUUUGAAUGUUACCACCCCCCUACUCUUCUCACCAAGCCCCCAGACCACAUGUAG